AAACAAAUGCAGACUUUUUAAAUGAGUAAUCAAAGUAAUGAUGCAGGACGAGCUUGGUGGAGUUCAAGGUCAACCAUCUUACGUGGUGGAGCCAUUGCUAUGGCAUCGAUAGUGCUACUUGCGAUAAUGUUCACCGUGUUUGUUGGUCUGGAGAUAGCAGAACGUGAUGACCCUGUCGAGUGCAGCACAAAUCCACAUCUUGAGGGAUUUUAUAUUACUGCCGAAGACCAGAAGCUGCGUGAAGAACUCAGUUACCGUUGGAUUAACCGAAGUGAAGGCGUGUCUGAUGAUGAUUGUAAGAACCGCACAGGGGAUAUGUGUUUAACGAGUGUUCACUACAAUGGAUGUUGCGAAUCAAAACCGCAAUUUGUGAUGGUACGACAUGUUACAGCGUUAAAUGGAACACAAUACAACUUGGCCCCUGGACAAGUGUAUCCGAUAGAAAAAUGCACACAAUUACGACAUUGCGGCCAGAACUGCAGAUGUACGCUGGUAGAUAAUAUGUUCAGAGGAUAUACCGACAACAAGCACACGAAAUGGGUAUUGUUCCUUCUUCCAUCAUGUUGUAAAUGUAUGAAUUAGUGAUAUACCCGUAAGCAUUACGGACAAACAUCCUUUUUGUAGUGAAUCAAAAAACGGAUAGCAUACAAACAGUAUGAAAAUACUUCUUUCCUUAUACUACGAUUGGAAAGCCAAUCUUUUACCUUCUGUAAGCUUAACAGUAGGGCCCAAUGGUUUCUUUGUCAGAUUUUGGUGUGGUUUUAUUUACGUAACAUAAGACUUAAAGUUUUACCUUGACAUGAAUCAAUUCAUAGCGUAAACAUUAAGAGUUCACAAGAUUUUACUGAUCACUGCUACGUGUAUGUGUAUAGUUGUUUCGCUAAAAGACAUGCUUUUUUGAGUGAACAUGUUUAUAUGAUAGUAAAACAUGGAUAAAUAUAUAAGCACCCUAUUAGUUAUUGUGGAUUUUUAUAAUCACUGCUAUGUGUAUAGUUGUUUCACUAAAAGACAUGCUUUUUUGACUGAACAUGUUUAUAUGAUAGCAAAACAUGGAUAAAUAAAUAAGCACCCUAUUAGUUAUUGUGGAUUUUUAUAAUCACUGCUAUGUGUAUAGUUGUUUCACUAAAAGACAUGCUUUUUUGACUGAACAUGUUUAUAUGAUAGCAAAACAUGGAUAAAUAGUUUAACACCCUAUUAAUUUGUUGUGGAAUUCUUUUUAAAAAAAAAACAUCAUACAGAAGUGUCAGCAAAAACACAAUUAAAACUAUUAACAAACAUGAUGAAAAGCAAAUACGUUUCACAUACACAAUUGGCUGGAACAUAUGCAAGGGACAUGUUGACGACUUAGUUUUUUAAAAAAACUAUGUUUAAUUGUGAGAGAUUGUUGUCAUGGCUUUUGCAUUAAUACUAGAAGAAAUAAACGUUAACAAUAAAACGCAAUUGAUCGUAUCAUCAUUUGAACAUAACUUUUAUGCAGAGCUACAUUCAUGACUAUUGCUUAUACUGUUGUGUAACACUAGUUUUAUGUGUCCAUUUGUGAAUUGAUAUAAUAAUUUUGUAGACAAUCGUACAUGUAUGUAAGCUAUAUAUUGUAUUGUGACUCUGCUGGUUUAGCUUUAUUAAUGACGAUACAUAUGAAAUGUUUGAAAAGUAUUGUAAAUUCGCUGCUAGUUGAAUAUGGGUUUUAUACUAGAAAUGUUAUACACCAAUCAUAAUACAGGAAACUAUUACGACAUUCUGUAAAUAAUAUUUGAAGUUGUUUGCUCAUAAGUGUGUAUAUUGAUAAUAAGUAAUUGUUAUACCGUACAUAUUGUCUCCCCAAAUUGAUUAAUUUCAUACUGUGUAAGAGUUAAACAUAUUAAAAGUCACAGCAUCUCUGGGGAUUGUACAUAUGGAAUGAAAUGUGAAU